CUUUCAUAUAGCCCUGCCAAAAUUAGCUUUCUUUCUAACGAUAAAAUUAUAAUGGCCAACGCACGUCAGUUCAUUACCCAAUUUAGCCGACAAAGAGGUCUCAGUUCAACAAAGCUACCUGUGAUUCAACCACUUGUAUCAGUCCAGCGUUCAUCGUUUUAUACUACGCUAGCUGAUUCUGAACAACAACCACAAUCACAACCACAACCACAACCACAAUCGCAACCACAACCACAACAACCACAACAACAAAGAAACAAUACCAACUUCGCUGAGACACUCGCAAGAAAGUUCCUUGGACAAGUACGAAUGCAGCGUCAAAUUGGAGGUGGCGCCAAUUCAGAUCACAAGGAGCCUUCAAGAUUUGUUAGAAUUAGAUAUUUACCUCGUACUGUAACUACAGAAGAUAUAUACAAGUUAGCAAGAGAAGCCUUUCCUAAAGGAGAUAAAAAUAUCCUUGACGUCAUAUUUGAACGGACAGAUGAAUUUAAUAUGACGGGUCGCUGUAUUGUAUGUAUGUCAAGUCCUGAGGAUGCACGUCAAUUAGUAGAAUAUGGACAUCAACGUACAGUGGGUGGCAAUCUAAUUGACAUGGAUUAUUAUGGUUCAAAAAAGACAGAAAUAGCUAAAAUAUUAAACGAAUUUCGACGUCCAGAAUUAGUGUCCGUACAUGAUGCUGGUAAUUUUUCAGGUCGCUCUGUGAUUAUAUCAGGAUUCCCAUUAAAAACUAGAACAGAUAAUGUACUCGGAUAUUUGAGAAGUAGGAACUUUUUUCCUAUAGAAGGUUCACCUGAUAACGUGAUUCAAUUAAAGACUAAGAAUCAAGCAACAGUCUCUAAAUUUUUAGUUAAAUUUGAGUCAGAAAGUGAAGCAUGGCGUUGUGUUCGCGCUUUUCAUAAUACCGAUUUUUUGUUAGGGUUAGGGUCUACAAAGACAAAGUUUCCAUUACAAUUAUUUGUAGCUUAUUAGAGAAAAAUAAAAUA